AUGAACGCCGCCCAUGAGGGUGCCAUCAAGGGCAUGUACAUCAUGGGCGAAAACCCGGCGAUGUCGGACCCGAACCUGCGGCAUGUGCGCGAAGCGCUCGCUUCGCUCGACCAUCUCGUCGUGCAGGAGCUCUUCCUCACCGAGACCGCGUGCUACGCCGACGUGGUGCUGCCGGCCUCCGCUUGGCCCGAGAAGGACGGCACGGUCACCAACACCAACCGCCAGGUCCAGAUGGGCCGCACUGCCCUCACAAUGCCUGACGGCGCCAGGCAGGACUGGUGGAUCAUCCAGGAGAUCGCACGCCGCAUCGGGCUCGACUGGAACUAUGGCGGCCCGGCCGAUGUCUUCGCCGAGAUGGCAGGCUGCAUGCCCUCGUUCGACAACAUCAGUUGGGAGAGGCUUCGCCGGGAAAGCGCCGUCACCUACCCCUGUAGCGGCGAGGACGAGCCCGGCCACGACGUCAUCUUCGAAGACGGCUAUCCGACCCCGAGCAAGCGGGGCAAGCUCGUGCCCGCGGGAAUCGUGCCGCCGGACGAAUCCCCCGAUGACGAGUUCCCGAUGGUGCUGACGACGGGCCGGAUGCUCGAGCAUUGGCACACCGGCGCAAUGACCCGCCGUGCCUCCGUGCUCGACCAUCUCGAGCCCGAAGCCGUCGCCCAUCUCGCGCCGGCCGAGCUCGAGCGCAUGCACAUCGACCCGGGAGCGCCGAUCACGGUCGAGACCCGGCGCGGCGCCAUCGGGCUUCGUGCCCGCGCCGACGCCGGCGUUCCCGCAGGCGUCGUCUUCAUCCCGUUCUGCUUUGCCGAAGCUGCCAGCAACAUGCUGACCAAUCCGGCCCUCGAUCCCAUCGGCAAGAUUCCGGAAUUCAAGUACUGCGCCGCGCGCGUCACCCCGGCGGAAGUCCCUGCCGAAGCGGCUGAGUAG